AUGUACGAGCAGUCUUGCGAGGUGUACAGGCAUCAAGGGAACACAGCCGGUCUCUUCUACAUCGACUCAGAUGGCAGCGAGCCCCUGGCACCUCUCCAAGUGUACUGCAAUAUCACUGAGGACAAGAACUGGACAACAGUGCAGCACAACAAUGAAGAGCUGACACCUGUACAGGGCUACAUGCCUGAAAAGUCCUACACCAUGACCUUGGACUACGGCGGCAGCAUGGAGCAGCUGGAAGCCCUGAUUGACAGCACAGAGCACUGCAAGCAUGUGGUGGCUUACCACUGUAGGAGGUCUCACCUGGUCAACACAGCAGAAAAUUACUCAGAUGGAGCUGUAAUCCCUAGACCAGAUAUGAAGAGUGGAAGUGGUGGUAAGGCUGGAGGUGACCCGUCAUCUCAGGGGUCAUUGUCAGCAAAAGUAGUACUUCUUGAUCAGGAAAUCGGUGAAGGUCUUGGUGCUGGUGACUUGGUAUGGAACUCACCUCCACCGUGCCGGAGAUGA